UGACGUUCUUAGCCAGUCGACGCCAUAUUGCCCUCAUCUGGAGUAGCUCGGGAGGGUUCUUAAGAUAAAUUUAAAAACAUACGGAGAAUGGAUGCAAUGGCAAGCCCAGGUAAAGACAACUGUCGAAUGAAGAGCUACAAGAAUAAAGCCCUGAACCCCCAGGAAAUGCGGAGACGGAGAGAGGAGGAGGGGGUACAGCUUCGCAAACAGAAGAGGGAGGAGCAGCUCUUCAAGAGGAGGAAUGUGUGUGUACCACCUGGUGACGAGUCAAUGCUUGAAUGCCCUUGUCAGGAUCCUGACAUCAGCUCCACUGUACCUGCGUCAGGUGAAGGAGUUAUAACCCAAGAUAUGAUUCAAAUGGUCUUCUCUGAGGAUCCAGACCAGCAGCUCAUAGCCACUCAAAAGUUCAGAAAGUUACUCUCUAAAGAGCCCAAUCCUCCCAUUGAUGAGGUCAUCCAGACACCUGGUGUCAUCAACAGAUUUGUAGAAUUCCUAAAAAGGAAUGAUAACUGCACCCUUCAGUUUGAAGCAGCCUGGGCCCUAACCAACAUUGCUUCAGGGACCUUCAUACACACCAAGGUGGUCAUUGAGACGGGAGCUGUGCCUAUCUUCAUAGAGCUGCUCAACUCAGAGUAUGAAGAUGUGCAAGAGCAGGCAGUGUGGGCUCUAGGGAAUAUUGCUGGUGAUAAUGCUGAGUGCAGAGACUAUGUACUCAACUGUGGCAUCUUACCAUCUCUUCAGCAGUUGCUUGCAAAAUCGAAUCGACUCACUACCACCCGUAACGCUGUGUGGGCGCUGUCUAACCUGUGCAGAGGGAAAAAUCCCCCUCCAGACUUCGCAAAGGUGUCGCCUUGUCUGAGUGUGCUGUCUAGAUUGCUCUUCAGCAGUGAUCCUGACGUUCUCGCAGAUGCUUGCUGGGCACUUUCAUAUCUCUCAGAUGGACCCAAUGACAAAAUCCAGACAGUCAUUGACUCAGGCGUGUGCCGCAGAUUGGUGGAGCUGCUCAUGCACAGUGAUUACAAGGUGGUGUCCCCUGCACUGAGAGCAGUGGGGAAUAUUGUUACCGGAGAUGAUAUUCAGACCCAGGUGAUUCUGAACUGCUCUGCUCUGCCGUGCCUGCUCCAUUUACUCAGCAGUCCGAAAGAGUCCAUCAAAAAAGAGGCCUGCUGGACCGUCUCCAACAUCACAGCUGGGAACAGAGCACAAAUCCAGGCGGUGAUUGAUGCCAACAUAUUCCCAGUUCUAAUCGAGAUUUUGCAGAAGGCGGAGUUCCGCACCAGGAAGGAGGCCGCUUGGGGAAUAACCAACGCCACCUCGGGAGGCUCACCUGAGCAGAUCAGGUACCUAGUAUCUCUCAACACCAUAAAGCCCAUGUGUGAUCUGCUGACGGUGAUGGACUCCAAAAUUGUGCAGGUGGCUCUGAACGGCCUGGAGAAUAUCCUCAGACUGGGAGAACAAGAGUCCAAACAGAAUGGAACUGGAAUCAACCCCUACUGUGCCCUCAUUGAAGAGGCUUAUGGCUUGGACAAGAUUGAGUUUCUGCAGAGCCACGAGAACCAGGAGAUUUACCAGAAGGCCUUUGACCUGAUAGAGCACUACUUUGGAGUGGAGGAGGAGGAUGCCAACAUUGUGCCACAGGUGGAUCAAAAUCAGGCUCAGUACAUUUUCCAGCAGUCUGAGGGACCAAUGGAGGGCUUCCAGCUCUAACCCCUAUCCUGAUCUACUGGCCAAGCUUCAGGCCUUACUUUCUCUAUCCUGCUUGGAUUGUCCCCUUUUUUCUUUGUAGCACAGGACCUUGCUCCAGGACACAGAGGCCCCUACAGCUGCUCCCAGCAGAGAUAUGACACCUGCCCCCACAACAACCACAAAAUCUUCCAUUUCCAUCCUACCCAUUUUAUGAGCUCCUUUGUUGAGAGAAAGGAACUGUGAGAGGGACUGAGGGCAAAUCUCAGAGUCUGUAGUUUAAAUACAGACUUACAAGAAGCAUCUAGCAUUUGUUAUGAUUAUUAGACAUUGGCACUGGUGUCCUGUAAAGUCAACUUUACUCCAUAUCCCUUCAGAAAUGUGAAACUACCUCUUCAAUCAGAAAAACGAAGUGUGUGACAAACAACCAGCCUUUAGCUCUGGCAGUUCUCUUCUCUUGUGAAGUAAAUGCUUCUAUGCAAAUGGAUUUGUAUUUUUGGUGUGGCAAAAUUCGCAAGGUCUAGUGUAGUGUUUGACCAGAGAAAGUCUAACUAAUGUGUUUGCAUUGAAAGGUUUGCAUUGGACGAAUUCCCUAACUUUGUGUGACACCGCACCUACCGUUUAUGUCAUGCCAUGUUUGUUCUCAAACAUGCGUGUAUCCUGAGGGUAUAUCUAGCCUAGUACACUAUUUAUUUUGAUGUUAUGAUACCUAGAGUUGCGGUCAUGCACCGAGCCUGGGGGAUUCAGAGCCGUAUUUAUUGUGCUGUUGGGAAGAACUGGUUUGCAGGUUCCGGCUGACUAGAGCUCAGCCGGCCUCAGCACCCGCUUUGUUAAUGCUGUUCAAGCAUUCUGGAAACUGUUGCAUGGAAUUAUUUAAGCGUGGUCACAUGAUCACCAAGAUGCAGUCGUUUGAAUGUAUGCAUAUCAUUGUCAUGGUUUCAUUGGACUGUUCCUCAUCUCACCUUUUGCCACUUAGGCUUUUAUGGAUUGUUAUUUUUCAGAUGUUAAAGAAAUGCUCAGAAAAAGUAAAAAUGUGUAUAUUAUAUAUACAUUGAGGAUUUAAGGAACAAUUUAUCAUUUACAUGAUAUUGCAGAGCUUGGUAUGCAGUGAAAUACUAAUUAAACAGAGGGAAAGUCACCUUCUGUCAAAUGUUGGAGCUUUUCCUCAUUGUGACCCCUACUAGUGCUCAAUUUCCUUUAAGGAACUUCUCUUAUUUCUUUCUUUUUUUCUUCUUUUUUUUAACUGCCUGAAUUGAAUUUAUAUCCAAAAGACCUGUCUGGCAGAAAGUUUCUCUCUGUUCUCAAUUUUUAGUGUGAUUAAAUACCUCCUUGUAAUGUUCUGUCCAUGAAUGCACCCAAGUUUGAUCCAAAUAAACAAAUUAAUGGGAAAGCAGUAUCUUUACAAAAGCAUUGAGAUUGUACAAUGAAACUUUAUCAAGCACAUUCAAUUGUGUAUAGUUGUGUAAUAUUUCUCAUGUUUGUACAAUGUUUUCUAAGUUUAGGUUGCUUUUUGUCACAUUAGGGAAAAAACAUUUGUGUUUUAAGUUAACAUUGGUACAAGCCUAGAGUGUAGAGGAGAUCAUUGCUUUCCUCAAAGACAAUUGUUGAUAUUGUGUGAAAUGAUGUAGACAAUUAAACAGACAAAUAAAAAGUUCUG